AUGGCCAUAGAAGAGCAGUUGGAGUUCUACAAUUUCGAUGAUCUUGAGACCAUGGCCACAAAAGAGCAUUCUAUGGUGACUGAUGUCAGGAGGGAUCCCACUGGAAGAUAUGUUGCAACUGCAUUGACUGUCCAUGGGAGGGAAAGCAAUCAAAUAUGGUCUUUCACAGGCAAGCAGAUUUACAAGGUGACAAAGAAACAAUUUUCCCAGUUCGAAUGGCGCCCAAGGCCACCUUCACUGCUUACUCUUGCGAAGGAGGAGGAAAUUUCAAUGAAUGAUUGUUGCAGUUCCAAUGAAUAA